CUUGGAUUACGCGUGAGCGGAUGAAGGGCGAGGAGAAAGGAGACGAGAGAGAAGGAUUGCGUGCCGUGGAAUCUUUCUUGACCUGUUAUUGUUAUUACUACCAUAUCGACCCCGCGAACGUCGACGGGGAAAGGGGAGAUACUGGUGAUAUCGCCUAGAGGAACUCACAGCAUGCGCUUGCCUAUGAGUGUUCCCACCUACCUCUACCUCUGCGGCCUGUAUCCCUCGCCUGCAUAGUUUCCAUCGGUUCCCCGGUGCGCCGCCUUGAUCUACGGCGAUCAUGCACGCACGUAUUGUUGCCGCGGUGGCCGGGGCGUGGCCCUUGUUGUUGCAGCAGCAGCAGCAGGGCGUGGCGGCGCAGGGCAUUGGCAACGCUGACACGCAUCCGCGGCUGUCGACGGAGAAGUGCACCAACACGGGCGGUUGCGUCAAGCAGGAGACGGCCAUCGUCCUGGACGCGAGCUUCCACGAGCUACGGCAGGUCAACGGAACGAGCAGCUGCGGCGGGUAUGGGAUCGGCAGCGCGGCACCGCCCCUGAGCAAGGAGCUAUGCCCGGACCCCGAGGUGUGCGCGCGCAACUGUGUCUUCGACGCGGCCGACUACGAGGGCAGCGGCGUGUUCGCCAACGGCAGCUCCCUGACCCUCAACAUGUACAUGGAACGUCGCGGUGUCCUCGAGCCCGUGAGUCCGCGCGUCUACCUGCUCGAUAAGGAGGGCGACAACUACGAGGUGCUGUAUAUCAAGAACAAGGAGAUCAGCUUCGACGUCGAUGUCUCGAAGCUUGUGUGCGGCAUGAACGGCGCCCUGUACCUCGCCGAGAUGAAUUCGACGGGAGCCCGCAGCGCUCUCAACCCGGCCGGCGCGCGGUACGGCACCGGAUACUGCGAUGCACAGUGCCCGAAGCUACCUUUUAUCAACGGUGUGGCAAACCUCGACUCUAAGGGAGCGUGCUGCAACGAGAUGGACCUGUGGGAGGCCAACGCGGUGGCGUCGGCAUUCACGGCGCACGUGUGCAGCCAACCAGGCGUGUAUGCGUGCACGGGCGGCGAAUGCGGCAGCAUCGGGGUGUGUGACAAGUCUGGGUGCGCGUACAACACAUGGCGGAUGGGCAACACGACCUUCUACGGGCCGCGCUCGGCGUUAACGCCGCCGCCGAGCAACAACACGGCAGGCGCGCCGGGGGCGACGCCGUUCACGAUCGACACGACGCGGCCGUUCACGGUGACGACGCAGUUCCUGACCACGAACAACCCGUCGCCGAUCAACAAGGACACCCUCAACGAGGUGCGGCGGCUGUACGUGCAGGACGGCGUGGUGAUCGACAACGCGGCGGUGGCGGACCCGGCGAUGCCGCCGGGGGACUCGCUGCGCAUGAGCCACUGCCAGGCGGUCGGCAACACGUUCGAGAACCUGGGGGGCCUGCGCACGGCCGGGCUCGCGCUCGACCGCGGCAUGGUGCUCGCCUUCAGCAUCUGGAACGACGGCCGCCAGUUCAUGAACUGGCUCAACUCGGGCCGCGCCGGCCCCUGCGACCUCCGCGAGGGCAACCCGGCCGUGAUCAAGGAGCGCCGCCCCGACACCGCCGUCACGUUCUCGAACAUCCGCUGGGGCGACAUCGGGAGCACAUAUGGCCGCUCGCAGGGUACCGUCUCAGGGGCGGUGUAGCCAUGUGUUAUGCGCGCGUGUAUGCUAUGCAUGUACGGACGCGUGGAGAGACGGCGGCAGCGACAGGCCAGGGAGGGAAAGCAGGUCGGCCCGCUUCGUCUACCCAUCGUGUCCGGGCCGGGACGCGUCUGACGCGGCGUCUACUGGUAGCCAUAAAUUAAGAUAGUAGGGACAGUCGCCUAGCCAGUCGAAUAUGGCAGCAUGGCCAUAGUUCAUUCACGUAUGUGUGUAGGGGCAUACGCCCCAUCUCCUCAGUGAUCGUUGGCUUCUAACGUGAUGACCCUAGACGAAGGAGAGAGAGA